AUGGAUACCUCCCCUAGCCGAUAUGAACAACACCCUUCUCUGCUACCUGAACCGGAAGGUAUGCAGAACCUCCCAGAGGGAUUACUCGAAGCAGUAAGAAAAGCGGCUGAGACAGCUGAACUGGAAUUGAAGCUCCGUACGCGUACAAGGAUUCUAAAUGAAAUCAAGGCCUUGCAUACACAGUGGCAGGCCGAGGUGGAGGCCAAACAACAAUUGACAUUCACUGUGAACCAAGCAUCCACUAUGAAGAGCUUCGCCGACGCAAUUGCCAUCAUCAAUAAGGAUAGAGAAAACCAGAUCUUAGGCCUGCAGCAGGAGAUUGAAUGUUUAUGCAGACAGGUGACUAUGCUGAACCUGGAGGUCCCAUCAUAA